CCUGCAUAUAUAUUGAUGAAACCUGGGUAUUUUCAAAUGGUUCAUUUAGAAGAUCAUGGCAGGAUGAUGAUGUAAGAUCUGUAAGAAAAUCCUCUGGAGAAGGACAUAGAUACAUUGUUCUCCAUGCUGGAUCUGAAGAAGGGUUUAUAAAGGAUGCUGGCUUGUUAUUUAAAUCCAAGACAAGCCAGGGGGAUUAUCAUGGUGACAUGAAUUCAAUUAACUUUGAAAAGUGGCUGCAUCAACAAUUAUUACCAAAUUUGAAGAAACCUUCAUUAAUAAUAUUAGAUAAUGCGGCAUAUCACAGUCGUCAACUAGAUAAAUGGCCCACCAAAACCUGGAAAAAGAGUGAUAUUCAACAGUGGCUUCGCUCCAAAAACAUUAGCUUUCCAGAACAUUCUACAUUGGGUGUGUUAUGGGAUGUAAUUAAUAAAAUCCCAAAAAAUGAUAAAGUAUUUGCGGUAAAUAAAAUUAUAGAAGAUGCUGGUCACGAAGUAUUGCGUUUGCCUCCAUACCACUGCCAAUUUAACGCUAUUGAGUUGGUAUGGAGUCAAACAAAAAGAUACUAUGACCAGCAUAUUCUCAAAAUAAAAAACCCAGAGGAAUGCUGGAAAGCAGCUUUGGAGCAAGUCACUGUGGAACAAUGGGCAAAUUAUGUGGGCCAUUGUACUAAAUUAAUUAAGGACACAUGGGAGAAAGAGAAAUUAAUAGUUAGUGUCCAGAAGCCAAUCAUCAUAAAUCUAGAUGAUGACUCUGAUGUGUCAAAUGACGAAUGAGGUGGAUAAAUGAUGAAAGAUCUUUUUAUUUCUCUUUAAAGAAAAUGCAAGCUACAGAAAAAUGAACGAUUACAUUGGCUAAUUCCAUUUUGAUCAUACUGUAUUUGACUAAUAUUUAUUUCUUAGUCUCAAGCCAUUAUCAUUUAUUGAUACCAAUAGUAACACUAACCUUUCUUUUUCAAAUAUGAAAUUUCACUCUCCUGUUAAGGUAAACAUUUAGAGAUCUAACAAUCUGUAAUUGAAAAAAGAAAAAUCAACUUAUUUAAUUUACAGCUUUCAAAUUUAACCAUUGUUGUAAGAACGUCAACAUUUUAUAAUAGACCUUUCUGCUAAAAAAAUAACAUGCUCUUGAAUAGUUGUAUUUAGAUAUUUUAAAUACUUUCUUUCUUUGUUCUUUGUAUUUUUUGCUUCUGACGACGGGAGGAGAUAUACUUACCUCCUGAAAGGUUAAGUAUAUUUUGUUGGUUUUCUCUCUUAGUAGGCAAAUUUGUUCACUAAAAUACAAUGACAAAUUGGUCUCCGUUGGAUCAAAGCAGUGGUGUUUACAAAGACUACCGUUUAUUUGGUAGAUUUUCUUCCAGUAGCGAAAAACCCAGAACCCUUUUUUGAAGAAAUGAACCCGCUAGAAAAGUAUAGAUAUUAUUUUCAUUGUUGUAAGUUCUGUCAAAAUAAGUUUAGUAUAUUUCACAUCAUAGCAUAUCUUUUCUGAAAAUAUCGUCAUUCUAACAAAUGCAUAAUUAAAUUAUCGAACUAAGACCCAAGGAAAUAAUGUCAUGUAUCUUUCCAUUACUGAGAAAUGAUUAUCAUCCAAUUUAGAGUCAAAUUUUAGAUUAGUUUUUGUUACAUGUGGAAUUAGCCUGAUGUGACC